UUCGUUCUUCUACGAAGGUAAUACAGUAAUUUAUUGUCGACGAUAGCCAUCGACUGAGUCACUGGACCUCGUUCAACCAAUGUUCUGAUGUUCAUGCUUUGGAGACUUUUUGCGAUUCCCAUGAUGUCAAAUGUUGGCAGUCGGUCAAGCGUCUUGAUUCCCAUCCCUCACUGUUUCAAUAUCAAAGAGUUAUCAUCUGCAGCGCUUGAGCGAUCUCGAGUCCAGGAGUUGGUUCAGUGUAGCAAACAGCCGCUAGAUGAGCUCAAGCAAACGCUUGACCCGCUAUCGAGACAUCUAUUGAAUGGUCUGGCGUAUACCGUUGGUUCUGCACUAGGAUCUGAGCCACCAACGCGAGAGGAAUGCCUUACAGCAUUCAGCAUCCCCAACAAUGUGGGACUCACGGCUGGUGCUCGUGCAUGGUCAAAGCAUUCGCACCGUUCCCAAGGGGAGACACCAGGGAUAAAGGAUUUACCGGUCGAGAGAAACAACAAAGGGAAGAUGAAGACAAACACAGGGUGGUGGGGCACCCCUUCCGGCUCAGUUUCCUCCAUCAACGAUCGUGCACUGGCACUAUUUGAACGAGUGGUGGAUAAAUCAACUUGGAGAAAUCUCCACUGGCUGCCGCAUCAGGUCCUAGUAUAUGAAGCGCGAGUGGCAGAAGGAUAUGGCAUGCGCUGGUCCCAGGAUCGCAGUGUCUUGGAGAGCGGGGAAGUUGUUGCUGAACUCCUUUCGUGGACGUUUCGAGGAUUUGUGGAGCCGAUGAUAGAAAAUGGUCAUGAAGUAGGAUGGAAACAUUGAAUUUAAAUACCCAGCAAUAUCGUUUUCAAUACUCAAGCUUGAAGCUUCAUUCGUUGCUCAACAUAUGCACGAUGGCUAGAAAUCUAGAGACAAGUCGAGGAGC